UGUUGAGACCAAUCUCAAAUACUCAAAAAUAAUAAAAACGCCAAACAAAUUAUUAAGACUCUCUCUAUAUUAGAGAAAUUGAAUUCAUGGCUAGUGAUGCCAUUAAUUACUUGGACACCAUAUUAGUCCCUUUGAGUCUUUUCAUUACAAUUGGUUAUCAUGCCUAUCUUUGGCAUCGCUUGAAGCAUAAGCCUUCUCACACCACUAUUGGUAUGAACAUGCUCAAGAGGAGAUCCUGGCUGCGUGAGCUCAAUCAAGGAAGUGAAAAGAAAGGCACAUUGGCUGUACAAAGUUUACGAAAUGCAUUAAUGGAGACAAUACUAACAGCUACAAUCACAAUUCUCAUAACAUUAGCAAUGGCAGCUUUAACAAACAACACAUUAAAAGUGAGCAACCUAUUUACUAGUGCUUUCUUUGGGUCACAAACAGGGAAAACAAUUGUACUAAAAUAUGGAUCAGCAACAAUUUUCUUGGUGGCUAGCUUCUUGUGUAGCUCAAUGGCACUUGGUUUCUUAAUAGAUGCUAAUUUCUUGGUUAAUGCCUUAGGGGAAUUCUCUAUAAAUCCAAGACAUACAGAGACCAUAUUUGAAAGAGGAUUUACAUUGGCUUUUGUUGGUGACAGAGUACUCUGUAUGACAUUUCCUCUUUUGUUUUGGAUGUUUGGUCCUGUUCCUGUGGUUGUGUCUUCAUUAGCAUUGGUUUGGGGUCUACGCGAGCGCGAUUUUGCUGGAAAUUUGUCAAGAACUAUGAAUAAGACCUGUACUUAGCUUGAGGGGGUUGUUGAAACAUAGAUUGAAAUAAUUAUGUAAUGUCAGUGUAUAUGAAAGUUAAACUCGAGUUAGAAUAAGCUAAGUGAAAUAUUGUGUGAACUAUUGGGAUUAGGGUGGGGUUUAUGAUGCAUCUUGUACUUGAAGGGGAAAAUAACUAUAUAUAGUAGUGUAUGUUGAUCUUCAUGAUCUAAUAUUGGUUUGUUGAACCAUAGUUUGAAAUAAUUAUGUAUUGUCAGUGUAUGAAAGUUAAACUUGUGUUAAAAUAAGUUAAGU